CGGUCGUAUUUGUCGCAAUGAAUCGGAGAUUCUUGUCUAACCUUAAAAAAAACACUAAAUAGUGACAAGGCAAUUUGUGGGUAUUAUUUGAAAUUUGAAAAAACUAAGAAAAAUGCCUAUAGAAAACCUGGAAGAAGAAGGUUUGGAAAAGAACCCAGACCUGCAAUUAGCGCAACUAAAAUUUUUACUCACCCUCAAUGAAUACCGCAACGACAAAGUCAUACAUACAAAGAUUCUAGAUGGAAUAAAAAAAGAUGAUAUGGCUCCUUGGUAUGAGCUCGUUUGUCAAGACGCAGGAUGGAAGCCAGACACAGAUUUGCUUAACAGAAUGAAGGCCGAAAAUGAAAAACAAUUAAAGAAGCUCGAUGAAGCUAUUGAGGAUGCCGAAAAGAACUUGGGUGAAAUGGAAGUACGAGAAGCGUACCUUAAAAAAGCGGAGUAUUACAGUCGGAUCGGAGACAAAGACAAUGCAAACACAACCUUCCGUCAAGCAUAUGAGAAAACUGUCUCUUUAGGUCAUAGGCUUGAUAUAGUAUUCCACAUGAUUCGUAUUGGUCUAUUCUUUAUGGAUCAUGACAUUAUUGUGCGUAACAUCGAUAAGGCAAAAACAUUAAUAGAGGAAGGGGGCGAUUGGGACAGAAGAAAUCGUUUAAAAGUGUACCAAGGCGUUUAUAGUAUGGCAGUGCGUGAUUUUAAAACUGCCGCCACCAUGUUUCUCGACACCAUUAGCACAUUUACUUCGUACGAAUUGAUGGAUUAUCGCACCUUUGUACGGUAUACUGUCUUCAUGUCAAUAAUAAGUUUACCACGGUAUCAGUUGAGAGAUAAAGUGAUUAAAGGUUCAGAGAUUCUGGAAGUGCUUCAUUUUAUGCUCGAUAUUAAAGAUUACCUCUUUUCUUUGUAUGAAUGUCACUAUUCGGAAUUUUUCAAAAAAUUAGCCGAAGUUGAACGUGUUCUGCGAGAAGAUUACUUAUUACACCCUCACUAUCGUUACUACACUCGUGAAAUGCGUAUUUUAGCCUAUUCACAAUUGUUAGAGUCGUACAGAUCACUGACUUUACAGUAUAUGGCGGAAGCUUUCGGUGUAUCAAAGGAUUUCAUUGACCAGGAAUUGUCAAUUUUUAUCGCUUCGGGAAGAGUCCACUGUAAGAUUGAUCGUGUUGGUGGUAUUGUAGAGACAAAUCGUCCUGAUCAGAAGAAUGCCCAAUUUAAUUCGGUUGUGAAACAAGGGGAUUUAUUGUUGAACCGUGUGCAGAAACUUUCCAGAGUUAUUAAUAUAUGAUUUGUACAAUAUUUAUGAAUCAGUUUUUUUUUUAAUAAACAUUCUUGAGUCGGA